UUCCUUCCCUUUUGCUAUGCUAAGGUAAAACAUGAGCUGUCAUUGUUUCAAAUAUGCGACACAUUUUGUUUGAGAAUCUGUAGAACGGAAUGUAUUGAAGGACAGCAGAAUAUGAGCGGGAGGAGAAGAGGAAAACCCAAUCGGUGUGGAGGGCGGUUUAAUAGGCCCAGAGGAGGUAGCGGUGGUAGCAAUGGAAGUAAGAAAGGGGCCAGUGGCUGGGAUGAUGGGGAUGAUUUCAGCCUGGAUCUUGGACCGAGUCACUCCUUCAAACCUCCCCCACCUCACAGAAGAAGAGGAGUGGGUACUUUUCAAGGUACCAGUCGUGGGCUUAGUAGAGGCAAGGGACAAGGCAGUUCUCUGAGUUUUCCCAGGUUUUCUUAUAAAGGGAAAGAUGGUUCCAGGCAAGACGAGGAACAGCGAGAUCGACCGAGACCUGACAAGGUCCACCUGCCCUUACAAAGGAUACACAUGACAUCAGAAAACCAGCUACAAGUGAAAGAACUGCUGAGGGAACUUCAGAGUCAGGAGUACAACGCUACAUACAGUGGCUCAGACUAUGAAGCAGAAGAAGAGGAUGAAGAAUAUGAUGAGCUGGACCAUCGUGAAGAAGGUCAGUUCUGGAUCACUCAAGAUGAUGGAAUUGAGUGUGCAGAGGACAGCGUGGGUGAGGAAGACUGUAAGGAAGAGAUGUGUGCCACACCAGAGGCGGUCGUGUCCCUGUUUGCUUUAGGCACUCUUUGCAGAUAUGGCUUUGACCGUGAUCGUAGCAGGAAAGCCCUGCAAGUGGGGCAGGGCAGGUCAGAGGAGGGGAGUGGGUGUGGUGAAGUUGGAGCAACACUAGAGCUUCUCCUUGUGCAGAUGUUUGCAGAGCGCUUUGGCUCCACUGCCCUUGGCCCUCAGACUCCUGAACCUCCCUCACAAGAGGAAUGUGUGGCCCUUCGUCAGGAGGAGGCCCUCGCUUUAACAGCCAUCUAUGGGGAGCGCUUCUGUGAGCGAAUCAAUGAUCGUGUCUGGACUGUCAGCCUGGAUCUGGUGUGGAUGACUGAAGGCCAGAAUAGCACUUCACAGCCAGCCACUGAUGGACAGCGGAUGAGGACUUCAUCCACUCAGUUGUGCAAGUUUUACUUGAAGGGAUCAGGAUGUAAGUUUGGAAGCCGCUGCAAGUUCAAACAUGAAAGCCCAACAGAGUCCAGUGGUCACAAAAACCUAUAUGGCCCCAGCCAGCCUGGUUUUAGAAGUAUCGAACCCCCUGUUUACCAGCUGGAGGUUCGCUUUCCUCAGGGAAGUUGCUACCCCUUUCAGCCACCAUUAGCUGCCUUCAGUACCACUGAUGACUCAAUCUCUGGAGCAGGACGCCUUAAUGUAACAGAAUAUCUCUUUAGCCAGUCCCUUACAGCUGCACAGGAUGGUGAGCCAGUUGUCUACACCCUCAUCUCUUGCCUAGAGGAAGAUGGGCCAGUCAGGGAGCUCCUUUCAGCUUCUCAUCAUAAAUAUAGUGCCCCACCCCCUGUGUUAGCUCCACCUGCUGUCGCCACAACAAGGAGCCGAAGCACUAAAAACACUACAGUGAGCAAUACAUCCAGCAGCAUGGCAACUACUUUCCAAUUAUACAAUGAUGUAGAGAACCCCAAAAUCAGAGUCAGACACAUAGAAGAAAGAAUCUUAACUGCAGCUGAGAAUCUCAACACACAUGGUGCAGAAGAUGAGGAUGAUGAAUAUGAAGAGGAUGGUGAAGAGUGUGUUCCCAUAGAGAACGAGAGCUAUGUUAACUUGAGGAAGAAGUUGGAGAAGAAAUCUGAGACAAGAGCUGAAGAUGUGCUGAAGGAGAACAGGAAGCUUUGUAGGGAGUUCAGGAGAAAAUCGUCUUCUAGGCGCUAUGUCUCCAUGCAGCAUCAGAGGUGCAAGCUGCCUGUAUGGGAGGAGAGAGGGAACAUUCUGGACUGCCUGGAGAAGAACCAGGUUAUAGUGAUCAGUGGGAUGACAGGGUGUGGCAAGACAACCCAGAUUGCACAGUUUAUCCUGGAUGACUCGCUGAGCAGGAAGCCAGAGAGUGUUGCCAACAUCAUAUGCACUCAGCCACGUCGCAUCUCUGCCAUUGCUGUGGCAACCAGAGUUGCACACGAACGGGCUGAGGUUCUGGGCCACUCCACUGGAUAUCAGAUUCGCUUGGAGACUAUCAGGUCCUCCAGUACCAGGCUGCUGUUCUGCACAACUGGUGUUCUGCUGAGGAGGCUGGAGGGAGAUGCUGAGCUCAAAGGAGUCACACAUGUCAUUGUGGAUGAGGUUCAUGAACGAACAGAGGAGAGUGAUUUCCUGUUGCUGGUUCUGAAGGACCUAAUGGUGCAGAGGACAGAUCUGAAGAUCAUGCUGAUGAGUGCUACACUGAAUGCUGAUCUCUUCUCACAGUAUUUCUACGACUGCCCUACCAUCCACAUACCAGGUCGUACAUUUCCAGUGGAUCAGUUUUUCCUUGAAGAUGCCAUUACUAAGACCAGGUACAUGCUAGACUACGGCAGCCCGUACCGGCGCUCGACAAAACAGAACGGCCCAUCCAAUCAGGGAAGCAGGGCUGGGAGAGGGCGGACAGUGGUAGCAGACAUGGGAGAUGAUGACAGCUGGUCGUUUAGCUCCUUCAUGAGGAAAGAUGCAGUUAAAGACUCUAUUCCUGACCAGCAGCUCAGCGUGCAGGAGCUCACAGUCCGAUAUCCAAGCUGCUCAAAAUCUGUGGUGAAAACUCUGGCUGGAAUGGACCUGGAUAAAAUCAACAUGGAUCUCCUAGAGAGCCUGCUGGAGUGGAUUGUAGAUGGAGACCACAACUACCCCCCAGGUGCUGUACUGGUGUUCUUGCCUGGGUUAGCUGAGAUAAAACAGUUGUAUGAGCAGCUCCAGUCUAACAGGAUGUUCAACAAUAGAACAGCAAAGAGGUGUGUGGUGUAUCCACUCCACUCCUCUUUGUCCAGUGACGAGCAACAAGCAGUAUUUACACAUCCACCGGCGGGUGUAACCAAAAUCAUCAUCUCCACUAACAUAGCAGAAACAUCAGUAACCAUCGACGACGUAGUUUAUGUCAUUGACUCUGGCAAAAUGAAAGAGAAAAGGUAUGAUGCCAGCCGCAGUAUGGAGAGUCUAGAGGACGUGUGGGUGUCUCAUGCCAACGCUCUACAGCGGAGAGGCCGCGCUGGGCGUGUGGCGUCUGGACUCUGCUUCCAUCUGUUCACCAGCCACUGUUUCACCCACCAGCUCAGCACACAGCAGCUGCCUGAGAUACAGAGAGUGCCUCUGGAGCAGCUCUGCCUCAGGAUUAAGGUGUUGGAAGUGUUCUCUGAACGUUCCUUGGACUCCGUGUUUUCUCGGCUCAUCGAGCCUCCAGGAGAGGGCAGCCUGGAGGCAGCCAAGCGAAGGCUGUGUGCUCUUGGGGCCCUUACUGAGGCUGAGUGUCUCACUCCGCUGGGCUGGCACCUGGCCUGCCUCCCUGUGGAUGUCCGCAUUGGCAAGCUGAUGCUGUUGGGAGCCAUCUUCCGGUGCCUGGACCCCGCUCUUACCAUUGCCGCCAGCCUGGCCUUCAAAAGCCCUUUUGUCUCUCCAUGGGAUAAGAGAGAGGAAGCUAAUGAGAGGAAACUGAAUUUUUCUCUCGCCAACAGUGACCAUCUUGCUCUGCUUCAGGCAUACAAGGGCUGGUGUCAUGCAGCACAGAAUGGCUCCCAUGCUGGUUAUCAGUACUGCAGAGAGAACUUCUUGUCCAUCCGGGGGCUACAGGAGAUAGCCUGUCUGAAAAGGCAGUUUGCAGAGCUCUUGUCUGAUAUUGGCUUUGUGAGAGAUGGACUGAAGUCCAGAGAUGUAGAGAGAAUGAGCUCAACAGGAACUGAUGGCGUGCUGGAGGCUACAGGCUAUGAGGCCAAUCUGAACUCUGACAACACAAAACUGAUGUCCGCUAUGUUGUGUGCUGCGCUGUACCCCAAUGUAGUCCAGGUACGAGCACCCCAGGGUAAGUUUAAGCAGACAAGUAAAGGGGCAGUUAAGAUGCAGCCUAAAGCAGAGGAACUUCGCUUCCUGACUAAGACUGACGGAGCAGUUCACAUACACCCCUCAUCUGUCAACUUCACGGUGCGCCACUAUGACAGUCCAUAUCUGGUCUACCAUGAGAAGGUGAAGACCAGCCGCGUUUUUAUACGUGACUGUAGCAUGGUGUGCGUGUAUCCCAUGGUGCUCUUCGGUGGGGGGCAGAUCAGUGUGGAGCUACAGCGUGGCGAGUUCAUCAUCUCACUGGAUGAUGGCUGGAUCCGAUUUGCUGCCACCUCACAUGAGGUGGCUGAGCUGGUAAAGGAGCUACGCUGGGAGUUGGAUCAGCUCCUGGAGGAGAAGAUCAGGAACCCCAGCAUGAACCUGAUCACCUGCCCGCGGGGCUCCCGCAUCAUUCAUACCAUAGUUUCCCUUAUCUCAACCCAGUAAUACACAAACACACUUUCCUCAUACACUCAAGAGGUGUCAGCUCAUAUUCACAUCUGUUGCAUGUACAGCAUUGAGCCUUCACCACAACCACCAAUAUGCCUUUUCAACAACAAAGCUAAAGUAUCUUAGUUCAAGGUGCAUUUAUGACAUGAAAAUUAAUUGCAUUGUUAUGCAAGCCACUCUCUCACUCAGGUGUUUGGGAUUGUUUAUAUUACUUGAAUACAAGUGAGAGAAAUCUACUUUGUUUAAAAAUAUAUAUAUUAUUAUUAUGUACUGGAUCCAUGUUGGAUUCUGUGAAGAGAAUAUGCUUUAGUUUGUACUGUAGUAUUAUAUUAAGACGCACUCACAAAUGCAGCAUGUGCAUGAAGUGUCUUUGGAGUCCAAGGCAUGACGUAUGUGUGGUUUACGUCUGUGUAUAUUUAUAUUUGACACAAGGAUAUUCUCAUCCAGAGUGUAUGUGUAUAUUUAGUUAAAGGACAUUUGGAAUGCCUUUCCUCCAUCAUGGAGAACAUAAUGGGAGAUGCAUAAUAAGAAUAAAACACAAGCCAAAGAAUGCACUUAA